GCCAGAACGAGUGCGGAGCCGAGCGCUCUCAGCAUUCAAGCUGCGCGGCUUGCUGCUCCGGGGUUGCUGUGAGCCAGGAAUCCAGGCGUAACCUAGCUGGGUCCUCAGCUUCACUGUCUCUCACAAGACUGCAAUCAAGAUGGGCCACAGUCAUCUCAAAUUACAGCCACUCAGAAUCCAAGCUCCUUCAGUAGUUGGCAGGAUUCAAUUCCUCCUGAAUUGUUCACCUAAGUCUCAUUUCCUUGCUGGCUGUUGACUGGAGGCCACCCUCGGUUUGUUGCCAUGUGGGCCUCUUCAACAUGGCAGUUUGCUUCAUCAUACCAGCAAGAGAGUAUCUACUGGCAAGAUGGAAGUCAUAGUCUUUUGUAGUCUAAUCAAGGAAUUGACAUCUCUACUAUGAAAAAUUCUAUUUUUAAAGUCAUCACACAGUAAAAUAUUGUCAUUUUUGCUAUAUUCUGUUAGCUAGAGGCAGGUCACUGGAUUCAGCCAACAUUCAAGGGCAGGGGUUACACAAGCAUGUGAAUACUAGAAGGCAAGGAUCAUUUGAUGCCAUCCAAGAAGUUUGCCUACUGUGGAUAGUAAACAGCUAAUUCACAAUUAUUUAAUUUCAAUUGUGAAAAGGAUCCCUGGAAAGAAGUGCUAUGAAAGUGUAUGACAAGGUGCAUAACCUUCAUUGAAGAAAUGGUUUGAGCUGAGUGUUAAAAGAUGAACAAGACUUAACUAGGGGAAGAGAAUAGUGGGAAGAAAUGGCUGUAUGAAGACCCUGAGGUGGUGAAAGCACUAGGAAGACCAGAAGCACUGGAUGAGCCUAAUGAGAUUUAGGAGGGGCGGGAUCCUGCAUGGCUUUGCAGGCGUUGGUCUAUCCUGGGAGCUGUCGCAAGAUUCACCCCAAAUGUGUGUGAUUUUAGGAACUCAGUCAUCAAAUAUUUAUGGACCACCUUCGGUGUGCUUUUCUAUUGGAUCUGCAAAGGAUGCCACAAUCCCAGUUCACAAGGAGCCUCAUCUAUAAUAAAUUGGAGAGAUGUGGCAUGCAUAUAUGAAACAAUAAGCAUCCCAACAUGUAGAACAAUUAGUGUGAUGAUUAUAACAAUAUGAUUGACGUGAAGUGUAAAGUUGAAUGCUAAAAGUACAGAAUGGCAUUGAAGCCAUUAAGUAUCUCACAGAUGCUCUUCAAUCUAUCAGUGAACUGGAGCUAGAAGAUGCACUGGAAAAGAUCAUCGAUGCUGUUGAAAAGCAACCUUUGUCAUCAAACAUGAUUGAACGAUCUGUAGUGGAAGCAGCAGUCCAGGAAUGCGGUCAGUCAGUAGAUGAAACUAUAGAACAGAUUUUCAAUAUCAUAGGAGCAUUUGAUAUUCCACGCUUUGUGUACAAUUCAGAAAGAAAAAAAUUUCUUCCUAUAUUAAUGACCAACCACCCUGAACCAAAUUUAUUUGGAACAGCAAGAGAUAAAGCGGAGCUGUUUCGUGAGCGAUAUACCAUUUUGCACCAGAGGACCCACAGGCAUGAAUUAUUCACUCCUCCAGUGAUAGGUUCUCACCCUGAUGAAAGUGGAAGCAAAUUCCAGCUUAAGACAAUAGAAACCUUAUUGGGUAGUACAACCAAAAUUGGAGAUGUGAUUGUUCUUGGAAUGAUAACCCAGUUAAAAGAGGGAAAAUUUUUUCUGGAAGAUCCUACUGGAACAGUACAACUGGAUCUUAGUAAAGCUCAGUUCCAUAGUGGUUUAUAUACAGAAGCGUGCUUUGUCUUAGCAGAAGGUUGGUUUGAAGAUCAAGUGUUUCAUGUCAAUGCCUUUGGAUUUCCACCCACUGAACCCUCUAGUACUACUAGGGCAUACUAUGGAAAUACUAAUUUUUUUGGAGGGCCUUCUAAUACAUCUGUGAAAUCUUCUGCAAAACUAAAACAAUUAGAAGAUGAGAACAAAGAUGCAAUGUUUGUGUUUAUAUCUGAUGUUUGGUUGGACCAAGUAGAAGUAUUGGAAAAACUUCACACAAUGUUUUCUGGUUAUUCACCAGCACCUCCCACCUGCUUUAUCCUGUGUGGUAAUUUUUCAUCUGCACCAUAUGGAAGAAAUCAAGUCCAGUCUUUGAAAGAUUCCCUAAAAACUUUGGCAGAUAUAAUAUGUGAAUACCCAAAUAUUCACCAAAGUAGUCGUUUUGUAUUUGUACCCGGACCAGAGGAUCCCGGGUUUGGUUCCAUCCUGCCAAGGCCUCCACUUGCUGAAAGCAUCACUAAUGAAUUCAGACAAAGAGUACCAUUUUCAGUUUUUACUACUAAUCCUUGCAGAAUUCAAUAUUGUACACAAGAAAUUAUUGUUUUUCGUGAAGACUUAGUGAAUAAAAUGUGCAGAAACUGUGUCCGUUUUCCUAGUAGCAAUUUGGAUAUUCCUAAUCAUUUUACAAAGACUAUUUUAUCCCAAGGACAUCUGACUCCUCUACCCCUUUAUGUCUGCCCAGUGUAUUGGGCAUAUGACUAUGCUUUGAGAGUGUAUCCUGUGCCUGAUCUACUUGUCAUUGCAGACAAAUACGAUCCUUUCACUAUGACCAAUACUGAAUGCCUCUGCAUAAACCCUGGCUCCUUUCCAAGAAGUGGAUUUUCAUUCAAAGUUUUUUAUCCUUCUAAUAAGACAGUAGAAGAUAGCAAACUUCAAGGCUUUUGAGAUUCUUAAAGACCGUGUGAAGAAAACAAAGUUCAUCAGUUUUCUGCUUAAUUUUAUAUUUU